AUGCUACGGAAUCUUUUACAAAAUACAAAUAAAUUUGGCUCAAAUAACAUAAAAAUAAAACGAUAUUUGGCCAACAAUUCCAAUGUGACCAAAAGAAUUUGCAUUGUUGGGGCAGGACCGGCUGGAUUCUAUGCUGCCCAAAAUAUUCUUAAGCAAAUGCAGGAUGUAAAAGUUGAUGUUAUUGACAAGCUGCCCGUACCGUUUGGAUUGGUGAGGUUUGGUGUUGCUCCCGAUCAUCCUGAAGUGAAAAAUGUUAUUAAUACUUUUACAAAAACUGCCGGAAAUGAACGUUUUAGUUUCUAUGGAAAUGUGGCAUUGGGAAAAGAUGUUAGUCUAAAAGAUUUACGUGAACGUUAUCACAUAAUUUUGCUUACCUAUGGUGCCGAUCAAGAUCGCCGUUUGGGCAUUGAGAAUGAAUCACAGGCAAAUGUGCUAUCCGCUCGCAAUUUUGUGGCUUGGUAUAAUGGUUUGCCAGGUGCUGAGAAUUUGAAUCCCGAUCUUUCGGGCAAAACUGUGACAAUUGUGGGCCAGGGAAAUGUUGCUGUGGAUGUUGCCAGAAUGCUGUUGAGUCCCAUAGAUGAGUUGAAGAAAACUGAUAUCACUUCAUACGCCUUGGACUACCUCGCUAAUAGCAAAGUGGAACAGGUUUACCUAGUGGGUCGUAGAGGCCCCCUGCAAGUAGCCUUUACCAUCAAAGAACUCAGAGAAAUGUUACGUUUGCCCAAUGUGACAACACACUGGCGUCCCGAAGACUUCCAAGGUAUAUCGGAUGUUGUGGAUAAAUUGGCAAGGCCUCGUAAACGAUUAACGGAGCUAAUGUUGAAAAGUCUAAGUGAACAAAAGCCAAAAAUCGAAACAAAAAAACAAUUCCUACCCAUAUUUUUAAGAUCACCAAAGCAGCUAAAAGAUCAAAAUCUAUUGUUUACCAUCAAUGAAAUGCAGCAAGAUAAAGCAGUGGCUACAACUUUAGAGGAAAGCCUUCCUGCUGAUUUAGUUUUGAGAAGCAUAGGCUAUAAAUCUUCAUGUGCCGACAAUGAAUUGUGUUUUGAUGCGAAGGCAGGUCUGGUGCCAAAUAUCCAUGGCCGGGUUUUAAAAGAUGUCAAUGAUAAAACAAGUGUGGACCAGGGUUUGUACACCGCAGGAUGGUUAGGUACUGGUCCAACCGGAGUUAUUCUCACUACAAUGAAUGUGGCUUUUUCAGUGGCCAAGUCAAUAUGUGAUGAUAUACAAGCCAAGAAGAUCAACAUGGAGGAAACUAAAGCUGGUCUUGAAGACAUAUUGAAAGAUAAACCAUAUGUAACCUGGCAGGGCUGGGAAAAAAUCGAUGCUGAGGAAAUCAAACGUGGCGAUUUGGUGAGCAAGCCCAGAGAGAAAAUUGUGAAAAUCGAAGAAAUGCUGAAAGUAGCUGGAGUGUGACAUGAUUAUAUGAUAAUCUGAAUGAAGGAUGAAAUGUGAUAGUGGAAAUAUGAGUAACAAAAAUUUAUGACAUUUUUUUUUUAUGUCGCAGUUAAGUUUUUAAGGUUUUGCUUUGUCAUAUGAACAAAAUUCCAUAUUCUUAUUUGUAUAAUUUUUACAUUUCUUCCAACAUUAUUUGUAGUCUUGUGCAUAUAUAAAGUCAGUUUAAUUAAGAAUAGAUUCACAAAAUACUUUGCGAAAGCACAAAGGGUAACUUUCAAGUUUUCCUAUAUCCCUCAGGUCCAUGUGUUCUGUAAUUUAAAAACUAAUGUUUAUGUUUGGUAAACCGAUUUUUUUUUUAAUAAAACUCCCAACAUUUUGUAUAAACUU